UAAAGGGUUAAGUUUUUGUUCAGACAGGAGGAGGGACUUCUGGUAAUUCUCAUCCCUUUUCCCAAAGAACUGCGCAACAAUCCUUCCGUCAGACACUUAGUCGGUGGAUUUUUGGUGUUUAGGAUUUGCGCCUGUUCGAACUGUGUCCAGCAGCAGGCAGGAUGUCUGUGACUGUUACCAAGGCCGAGGGGGUCACUGUGUUCACUUUGACCUCGGACCCCCAAAGUGCUUGGCCUCCUCUGUGCCAGAUCUUCAAGGGUCUUUGCUACAGUCCAGUUUGCUGCUCGGUGUCUCAGCAGCUGAGGAGGAUCCAGAGAAGUUCUCAGUCAGUGCUGGGGACUCUGCAGAUUAUGGUUGGGCUGCUCAAUCUUGGCUUUGGAGCCAUCCUUCUUGGCUCUGGCCCUGGAUCUAGCUUUGAAAUGGAUAUUACCAAGUUUCCUAUCUGGUUGGGAGUGUUGUUCAUUGUGUUUGGCAUCGUGUGCAUUUUGUCUGAGAAGUACCCCAGUCCAUGUUUGGCCAUCCUCACCGUGGUUCUGAAUCUGGCAGGAGUUGCUUUUGCCAUUACAGCCAUUGUCCUGUACAGCAUCAAUUUAGCGGACACAUAUAUGAGGGGGUGGUAUUGGUAUUGUGACCGUGACCGUUAUGACUACUACGGGUACAGAAGACGUCAUUCUACAACUACUCCAUCUCCUGAGAGGGAUCUCUUGCAAGAGAAGUGCUUGGAGGCCAAAGAACUGGCUCAGAUGCUGGUGUUGGGAAUUAACAUUGUCCUGAUCGUCUUGUCGGUCCUGGAGCUCUGCGUCGUCAUCAGCUCUGCCGUGUUGGGGAUCAAGGCUCUGAGGAGGAGACAGAAGGAAUCAAACAAGAGCCCUGAAGAGCCAGAAUACUUCAAACCGCUGCUGGAUGAAGUCACCACUGAUCCUGGAGCCUGAAUGUCAGCAGGAACUGUGAUCCUGCAGCUUUAAACCACUGACUCUCUGUGCUGCAGCGUCAGUGAAGCACACAAAUUCAGAUGGUACAGUCUUCACAUUCUGGCACUUUGCUUAAAACUAAAUGCACUUCUACUAUAUCAUUUCUUUAGGUCAGUGAUCUGCACUAAACUGAACAUGCUCCUGUCCAUUUUAAUCUUUGUUUUGAUCUCUUUAAGUCAUGAUUUUUCUCUUGAGGGAUGUGCCUUACAAGAUGUCUGUUGCUAGAAAGGAGUUUAGAUGUUCAUGUGACAUUACUGGGUUUCUGGUUGUUGUUGUUGUUUUUUUACAAUAUUAUGCAUGCCAAUAAAAAUCAAGGUGUAAAAGCUG